AACAUAAUCAGGAUGUGACUUAAAAAAAUAGGGACUAGUAACAUUGAAAGUCUUGUUCAACUCCUAACGAAGGUUUAUCACUGAGAAAACUAAUCCUGCCAGACAUCAGCACUGUGUUCAGUUAAAUCGUAGUGUUAACACAACAAGCCGGGCACAAGCCGCCAUCAUCUUUACUGAACUCAGGGCAUGAUGCCUGACGGUCCCCAGCCCGCAGUAAUGGAGAGGGGGUCCGGCAAAUGCAAGUUUAUUCAUUUAAAAAUAACAGCUGUUAUUUGUAUCUUUACAACCGCCAUUCUUUCGUUGAUUUUCCUUGUUCAGAUACUAUUCUUGAAUGCUUUAAGAUCAUCUCUGACAAUGCCCCAAGAAAGCUUAACAUGCAUUCCGUGCGACAAAAUAAAAUUCAAUGCUAACACAAACCUAGGCACAGAAGGUCGUUUUGCCUUUACACAAAGAGACGAUGGGAUGCGUUGCGGACCUGCAGAAAGCAUUACUCAGUUUUUGUUAAAAAAGGAAAUGACAGCUCAGUAUCGAUACUGCAAUGCAGGUCAAAGUCUCAUUGACAUAGCAGAAGAGUAUGCUACCUGUGAAAGAAAAACAAACGACAAGCAGCCCAUUGCUAAAGCAGUUGGAAUUAAGGAGUUCAAACCUAGCUACAUUGUAGAUGGUCACCACAAGGUCCUGUGGAACAAAAAUGGUCUAACCUUUUACACAAAAAACUGCGUCCACUUGGAACUGGAAGGUGAACUAUUUGUACGGCAGCCUGGCUACUACAUAGUUUCUUCGCAGCUGAAUUUACGGCCUCGCAAUGAAACACGAACACCGAUGAAUGAAACCAGACCAAAGACUUUCAUUCAUCAUGUUGAUAUCCUUUCCCACAUAUAUGGAACGACUGGGGUCCUGAUGCAAACCAUGAAAUCAAUUGAAGGAAAUGGAGGCUAUUUUACAAGUUUUCUGUCAGCGGUUUUCAAGCUGAACAAAUAUGACAGGCUCUCUGUGUCUGUAUCCAAUUAUGAAUUGACAAUUACAAUGAUCAUUUUCUGGUAUAUUACACUUAUAAUUUGCCAUACUGAAAUUUUCACGUAAAUACAUGAACAAUAAUGCUAACAUUGAUAAUACUACUACUACUACUACUACUACUACUACUACUACUACUACUUCUACUACUACUACUACUACUACUACUACUACUACUACUACUACUACUACUACUACUACUACUACUACUACUACUACUACUACUACUACUAAUACUACUACUAAUACUAAUAAUAAUAAUAAUAAUAAUAAUAAUAAUAAUAAUAAUUCAUUCUAAUUCUCAUUCUAAUGAACCUUUAUUAAUGUAUUUAUGUUCCAAAUAAUAACAGUUUAUGCAUGAUAACACUUUGAAAUUAAACAGGGCAUGAUUAGACGACCAAAUUAAUACCCCUGUUUUAGUUUUAGAGUUUGUUUCAUUAUACAUGGGUAUUCAGCUCUCCCUCACUGCAAAGACCACGAUAGGUUUUUGGCACAAUUUUAAAUUGGAGUAGCAGGUGGGGUUAACACUCAGUAAUUCAGUUGAUUGCCGCGUGCAUUUUCCGUGAAGUUCAUAUUUCGUAUAACAACGACAAAGAGUUUAUAAAGAUAUUUGAUCGAUAAAGUAACAUAUUGUUUAUUUUUUGUCUUUAUUUUGUUUCGUAAGAACAUUCAGGUUUAAAGUUCAAGAAAACGUUUGAAAUACAGAAUAACAAUUCCCAAUAAAAGAUGUGUGCGAUAUAUAUUUUAUGUUAAUAAUUUGAUAUUUCUUGGAUACAUAUUUUGUGAUAUUUAUCAUAUCAUAAAUAAAUGAUGAGUGUGAUAUAUAACUGCUUUCAGUAAUAUUACUUGAAUACAAUAUGUGUGAAAUAGUUCUUUUAUAAAUAUAUUGGUGUGAUAUUUCUGAGGAAUAAAUGUUUUAAAGACAAUUUUAUGCUCUUUGCUCAUAACUAUUGUACUGUAUUUGGACAUCUGAAGCUGACAAUAAAUGUUGAAAUGCCA